CUAUAGAGUUCAUAUUGUGUAAAACUUAAAACAUUGCAAAGAGAAAAAAAUUAAUGAAACAUGGUGAACAUGGUGACACUUAUUUGGUCAUUGGGUAAAUGGACGGUGAAGAUGGCUGGUGUGAAGCCUUACACAGUGGAGAUAGAGCCAGGUACAGUUAUGAGGUUUUGGGUUCCAUCUGAAACCAUUUCAAAGAUCAAACCCAUUUCAAAACCCACCAAGCCAGUGGUGGUUCUCCUCCAUGGCUUCUGCGGUGACGGACUUACAACUUGGUUGUCGCAAAUCAUCAUGUUAGCAAAAAACUACGCCGUUUACGUGCCAGACUUAAUUUUCUUUGGCGGCUCCACAACUGAUAAGUCGGACCGGUCACCGACUUUUCAAGCCGAGUGUUUGGCGGCAGGGUUAAAGAAACUCGGGGUGGUGAAAUGUGUUGUGGUUGGAUUUAGUUAUGGUGGAAUGGUGGCGUUUAAAAUGGCUGAGCUGUAUAGUGAGCUGGUUCAAGCUGUGGUUGUAACUGGCUCGAUUUUGGCUAUACAAGAGUCUAUGAUUAGUAGUAGUGCAGUGGAAAAUGUUGGGUCUUCUUGGUCAGAAAUAUUAUUACCAUCUUCUGUUGAGGGAUUAAAGUCACUUCUCUCUAUUGGAUUAUAUAGAAACAUUCGAUUUCCCAACCGUAUGUUAAGUGACUUUCUUAAGGUGAUGUUCCCGAAUAGGAAGGAGCGAAGUGAGCUAUUAGAGGCCUUAGACCUUAGCUACAAAGACAUCAACAUCCCAAAAUUUUCACAGCGGAUACAUUUCUUAUGGGGGGAGGAAGAUAAAGUUUUCAAACUAGAAGUUGCGCACAACAUGAAAGAGAAGCUGGGAAAUAACGCAACGAUUGAAGUAAUAAAAAAGGCUGGCCACUUGGCUCAUUUGGAACAACCAUGUAUUUACAUUAGGUGUUUAAAGAAGUUUCUUUCUUCAUUGUGAAAUAAAAUAAUUCAAUGCACAUCCUAUGAAUAUGUCAGAAGGGAAGUUUGGUAUUGGUAUUUGUUUCCGCGACAGUUCGGGUUCUCUUGUUAAAGCUCACACUAUGGUGUUUCCUUUCAUAGCUUCAACAAUAAAAUGUGAAGCCGCUGCAUUUCCGCAUGCUCUCUUGAUAGCUGUAUCUUGUGAUUUCGAGCAUGCCAAGUUCGAAAGCGAUUGUCAAAUGGUUGUGAAUGCAAUAAAUAAUGGUUGUAUUUAUCUGAACGAGCUUGAAUCCUUAAUUGUAUUUUCACUAUUAUAUUUGAUGAAACGAAAUGAGUUUUUUUUCUUAAAAUA